AAACCAUUAAUCCAGGAAACGAACAGCCAAAAAGGGGAGAAAAAUAACUCCAACUCCCCUCCACUUCCUUCUCCGGUCGUCUACCAGAGUCUUCUGCCCCUCCUCCACCUCCGUUGCUACGCCAGCGGGUGGCCUGAGCUGUGCAUGUCCGGCCAGCUUUUCGAUUGCAGUUUAUUGGCACAAUUUUCCAUGGAUUAGUAAGACCUGAUGUUGCCAUGUUUGUCUACUUUGUGAAUCAGAAUGAUCACCCUUCCCUGUAACUGGAGUGGUAUUGAAUACCAGUCAUGAUGUUGGUCUCAAAGAAGGAAGGGAUUCUCAGCACGCCUUUCCAAUCAGGCCAGAAAUCUGCUAGCCGUUUCUGUUUGUUUUCGAAAGUUCAAUCUGCUAGUCCACCUCCAGGAAACACACCUGUUUAUCUUAAUGUGUAUGAUUUGACACCAGUAAAUGGCUAUGUGUUCUGGGUUGGUCUAGGGAUAUUUCAUUCUGGUAUUGAAGUUCAUGGUGUGGAGUAUGCAUUUGGUGCACAUGACUAUUCAAUAAGUGGAGUUUUUGAGGUGGAACCUCGCCAGUGUCCUGGCUUCAAAUUUAGGAAAUCCAUAUUUGUGGGAACUACCUGCCUUGACCCUCUCCAAGUCAGAGCGUUCAUGGAGACGCAGUCAGUAAAUUACAAUGGGGAUAUUUAUCAUUUGAUAAGUAAGAAUUGCAACCAUUUCUGUGAGGAUAUCUGCAAAAAGUUGACAGGAAAUUCAAUCCCAAAAUGGGUUAAUCGACUGGCCAGAAUGGGUGCUGUUUGCAACUGCAUUCUACCAGAGUCUCUCAAAAUUAAUGCAGUUCGUCAUGACCCAGAUUGCCAAGCUGAGGAUAGUGAGAAAAAAAGGCUGACGGGUGCAUUGAGCUGCUUCUCUUCAAUUUCUCUAUGCCAGAAACAGUUCUCAACAUCUUCACUUUUUCUGCGUUCCCCCUUGAAAGGAACUUCGUGGGAUACAAAAAGAUCCAGUUCAGAUCGACUGAAGAAGAGCUGAGAAUCGAGCUCUUCAUGUGCCCUGCUCUUUACCUUCAAAACAGUGCGACAUGGUUAUCAGGGUGCUCUUGUACAAUAGCCAUCGAGGAAGGAGAUGAAAUGUGAUGACCGGUGACUUGACUGUUUGUUUGAGCACGGGCUAGUGAUGCACCUGAGCAUUUGUACAAGUUUGAUAUUUGAGGCUAGAAUGUACAGUAAUUGAUUGCUUUCUUUUGUUAGCAUUUGAGUUCGCCAAUGCCAUAUUGCAAUGAACUCAAAACAAACUCUAAAAGCAUCGUGCACUGCCAGUGGUUUGUUGCUGGCUGGCAUUGCCGGUAUGCUUGUUUAGAUUCAAGGGAUGAAUGUCCAGGGCUUGUCUUGUAAUCCCAUUUUAUGGGUGUCACCUACUGUGCUAAAACCUUUGUAGCCACAAAA